AUGGUGAUGAUGAUGAAUGGACAGACUGGGAUGCUCGGUGAAGAUGGCAUCCACAUCGAUAUGAACCACCUCAAAAGCGGCGAAGUGAACCUUGGAACCUCGAUUAUGGCCAUCAACUUCAAGGAUGGUGUGAUAUUGGGAGCAGACAGCAGGACAACAACAGGCGCAUACAUCGCAAACAGAGUCACAGACAAGCUCACACAAGUACACGACACGAUCUGGUGCUGUCGAUCAGGCUCCGCAGCCGACACACAAGCGGUGGCCGACAUUGUGCAAUACCAUCUUGGCAUGUACGGCAUCACGAACGACGAGCCACCGACCACACAGACCGCCGCGGCAAUCUUCCAGGAGCUCUGCUACGACAACAAGGAUGCAUUGAGUGCGGGCAUCAUCAUCGCGGGAUGGGACAAGAGGCAUGGUGGGCAGGUAUACAGCAUUCCUCUUGGCGGCUCGCUACACAAGCAGGCGUAUGCGAUUGGUGGCUCGGGUUCGACGUACAUCUACGGCUACUGCGAUGCGAACUGGAAGGAGAACAUGGACGAGGAGGAAGGCAUCAAGUUUGUGAAGGGAGCGUUGCAAGAGGCUAUCAAGUGGGAUGGUAGCUCGGGUGGUGUUAUCAGGAUGGUGGUGCUGACGGCAGCAGGUGCGAUACGGCAUCUGUAUUUGCCUGAUCGCAAUUACACUGGUCCUGGUACGGGCAAGCCAUGA